CUACGUGCUCCACCUCCUCUUCCCGCUGCUGAAGGGACUGAGAGUCACGAGGAAAUCACUUCCGGCGACAGGAGUCAAGAGACGGACGUGGAUAAGCUGUUUUUCUGUUGCUAGUGUUAUUCUAUGGGAGGCUGACAGCCGCCGCUGGGGAUGGAUGAGGACGGGUUGCCCCUCGUAGGUUCCGGCAUCGACCUGACCAAGGUUCCAGCCAUUCAGCAGAAGAGAACAGUGGCAUUCCUAAACCAAUUUGUGGUUCACACUGUUCAGUUCCUUAACAGAUUUUCUACAGUUUGUGAAGAGAAAUUGUCAGCGCUCUCACUGCGUAUUCAGCAAAUUGAAACGACACUCAAUAUUCUCGAUGCAAAGCUGUCUUCUAUACCUGGCCUAGAAGAUGUCAAGUUUGAAGUAUCCAACACCUGUGUCAACCAUGUUAUGAACGGCCCCGUCUCACAAACCUCAACAGAGCCACAGUCAACCAACGUGUCACCUCAGUCUGAGGGCAGUAUCCAUGAGACAGGACAACAGAAGACAGAAGGAGCCUCGGAAAAUGUAACAACUGUCGCUAAGGAUCCACGCUAUGCCAGAUAUCUCAAAAUGGUUCAAGUGGGUGUUCCUGUAAUGGCAAUAAGGAAUAAAAUGAUUUCUGAAGGAUUAAACCCUGAUCUUCUAGAAACACCAGAUGCUGCAGUGCCUGCGUGGGGAGACAAGGCAAACGAGGGAGAAAACUCUGAUAGUGAAUCCUCAUUUAGUGACUGAUGGCGCUGACGUGUGUGUGUGUGUGUGUAUUUUUCCCCUUUAAAAUACCUUUCUGAAGGGUCUGCAAGUGCUAUGUACGUAACUUAAUCGGAAAGAUUUCCCGAUAGCUUGAGCCAUGUGAAGUAUUCUUUCACAAACUGCUACUUUGCACUGGGAUCUUCAUGUUUGUCUUCUGCAGAAUUUUGAAUGAAGCUCCCAUCAUCAAGCUUGAAGUGAGACUGUCAUGAUGUGCUCUUACUUCCAAUGUGGUGGCCUUGACUUAGGUAGCUGCUGCUCCACAGAAGCUCAGGGUGAAGCUGGGAGGGUGGUGGGGUGGAGAGAUGUGCAUUGCUUGGAAAGCCACAACAGUCCUGUUACCCCAAUCUGACUUUGAACAACACUUAACACUGAACAUUACUCUCUUCUGUUCUGGAUUUUCUCCCUCCACACUCCCUAUUAACUGUUCAGAAUUCCAUUAAAGCUGAUAUAUUGUUUCCUGCA